UGAUCAAAUUUGAAAAGCUGGCGGAUUGUCUGAAAAAAUGCGGUGCGUGACGGAUAAGCUGAUCGAAAUGGGUGUUCACAAACAAGUCAUAGGUUCGUAAAAGUAUUCGCCUUGCCGGUGCCUUUUCAGGCCAUUUGAUUUGCGUAAUGCCAUAGUCUUUGCAUCUCAGAGGAGCAUUAUCGUCGGUGGAAAUGCGGGACGAAAUGAUGAGCUCACGCUCGCCGGAUCGGGAAACCACCCUUCAUCAUUAUGAGGAAGACAAUCUUGAACGAGAAUCCCUCUUUCUCUUGCCGUCCGAUGACGACGAGGCGGAGGCGGAGGCGGCGGAGGAGGAGGAGAAAAUCAGGGCAAUGGAAAUGGAGGUCGCCGCCGAUGAUGAUGCCCCGCCGCCGUUCUCGUGGAGGAAGCUGUGGGAGUUCAUGGGGCCAGGGUUCUUGAUGAGCGUAGCGUUUCUAGAUCCGGGGAACCUGGAGGGCGACAUCCAAGCCGGAGCAAUCGCCGGCUACUCUCUCCUCUGGGUCCUAAUGUGGUCCACCGCCAUGGGCCUUCUCAUCCAGCUCCUCUCCCUCCGCCUCGGCGUCGCCACCGGCCGCCACUUGGCCGAGAUUUGCCGCGAGGAGUAUCCUUACUGGGCCACGCUUCUGCUCUGGUUCAUGGCGGAGCUUGCCUUGAUUGGGGCCGAUAUUCAAGAAGUCAUUGGCAGCGCCAUUGCCAUCAAGAUUCUCAGUGAUGACUUCAUCCCUCUCUGGGUUGGUGUCCUCAUCACUGCUUUUGAUUGUUUUAUUUUCUUGUUUCUUGAAAACUAUGGAGUUAGGAAGCUAGAAGCUAUUUUCGCGGUUUUGAUCACGACAAUGGCAUUAUCCUUUGCGUGGGUGUUUGUAGAGACGAGGCCGAGUGGGGAUCAACUCAUGUUAGGCAUGUUAGUGCCAAGGCUUAGCUCACAGACGAUUCAACAGGCCGUUGGGAUAGUGGGGUGUGUGAUAACACCUCACAACGUGUUUCUAUAUUCCGCUUUAGUACAGUCGAGGCAAAUCGAUCCAAAAAGGGAAGGGAAAGUGCGAGAGGCUCUCAACUAUUACACCAUCGAGUCAUCUGUUGCUGUUCUCGUGUCGUUCUUGCUCAAUCUGGCUGUGACAACCAUCUUCGCCAAGGGGUUUUAUGGAACUUACGAGGCGGAGAGCAUAGGGCUCGUGAAUGCUGGGCAGUUUCUGCAGGAGAAAUACGGUGGAGAGCUGUUCCCGGUUUUGUACAUAUGGGGCGUUGGCCUCCUGGCAGCCGGGCAGAGCAGCACCAUGACGGGUACUUAUGCUGGGCAGUUUAUAAUGGGAGGGUUUCUCAAUCUUAGAAUGAAGAAAUGGCUGAGAUCUUUGAUCACUCGAAGCUGUGCCAUCGUCCCGACCAUCAUAGUGGCUGUGGUUUUCAACCGGUCCCAAUCUUCUUUGGAUUCUCUAAAUGAGUGGCUUAAUGUGGUUCAAGGUAUGCAGAUACCCUUCGCGAUUAUACCUCUGCUAACCUUGGUGUCCAACGAGCGAAUCAUGGGAGUCUUCAAAAUCGGGACCACCGUAGAGAGGAUGGUAUGGGGCAUAGCAGCCUUUGUAAUCGUGGUAAACGGAUAUGUUAUGCUUACCUUCUUUCUUUCUCAAUUUGACGGGCUGCUCGUUGGUUUGGCAAUGGGUUUUGUAGCUGCAGGAUAUGUAGCCUUCCUCGUCUACCUCAUCGCUUGCCAUGGCAGCCAUUCUUCGCCGUGGUCUAGCAACACCAAUGGAUUUUCGCACCUCGAAAGCUAGAAUGAAGUUGAUCUUUCGAUUCAUCAGAGGAAAAUUUUGAUCCUUGCAGGAAACUAUGGGAAUAGCAGAACUGUUAUAUUCAAGAACUGAGAAUUAGGCAUUGUAGAGAUGACAGGCCAUAUGUUUUCAUUUGACUAGAUAGAAUGGAUUGGACUAAUUUAGCCCAGUCUCGAUCAGAUCACGUUCAGAUAGCUCUCUCAAAGGCGUUGCUGCAUACACAUGAUAUAAACAGGUGUAUUUUGUGUUUGUUGAAUAUAGAAAGUAAAUUUAUAAAAUAUUUACUCGUCGCUGAGUUUGUAUGGUGUUGAUCAAUGCUAAUACCGAUUAUAUUGUAAUUCAAAAAGUUUGGAGUUCUACCAGGUGCAAUGAAGACAAUGUACUCGGUACAAACUCGAUACCUUUUUGCAUUAAUCUUUUGAUUUUGUGGGGUGUAAUCAGUACUAGUGUUGAUCAACAUCUUAGAAUUUUCUUAAACUUAUAUGAAGUAUAUUGAACAUUUGAGUUCUGUGUAAAUA